GCGGACGGACAGAGUCAGUGUUGCGCGCGAUUUUCGACGCGAGCGCACGCGCAGCGUUAGAAUUUUAAUUUUUAAAACGAUCGAGACAGUGAGCAGUGUUUUUUAAGUUUUUCGGCCAGUGUUGCAGUGGACUUUGGUGUUAAGUAUUGUUACAGUUUUUUUGGAAGCUUUAAAGGAGGUUAAGAGGAUUGUAUCCUGUUUUGUGCAAGUGCUAUUGUUUGCUUUGUUGAUGCGAACCAGCUGUCAAAACAUCUAUACUGUCAAGGUAGCCGCGGCCGAAAUCACGUCCAGCUAACCAUUUUAAGAUUCACUGCGAGCUGUUAACUCACAAAAAAUGACCAGUUGAUGCAAAGAUGCUAAGAUAGCGGUAAAGAUGGCGCAUAAAGUGAAGACUAACCAUUAUGUGGCGACGCACAGGGGAGGAGACUCGCCUUCGUCGGGGGCGUAUUUGCAUCGAGGGCCGUCGAGGGAUGAGAACGACAGUCACAGGGCGCCGUCGGAGAGGACCUUGUCUGAGUAUACGACAAUGGACGAGAGGACACGAUCACCAUCCGGCGAGCACCGGGAACACCGAAACGGCCGAAGCCGUUCACAGCACACCAACGGCUCACCGCGAGCCGACAGCGAUGUGUACGUCACUAGUGGCGCCUACAGACCUCCCUCACAGAUCAGCCGGCAGUCGCGGGCGCCGCGCAGUGUGUACUCGUACCGCAGCGCGGUGGCGCCCUCUGUCGCCUCCACACACCGCUCCAAAGUCUCACGGAAGGCGGGCGUGAAAGUAGACGCGAUGGCGGCCCCCAACCCGUUCUGCCCCAACGUGAAGGGCAUGUGCUGCCUCAUGCUGCUCCUCAACCUUGGCCUCAUCCUGGUGACGCUGGGCUUUGUCAUCGUACUGCAGUUCUUCGAGCCACUCUUCGUCUGGAUAUUGGGCAUAGUCUUCCUAAUAUUCGGCUUCAUCACACUCGUCGGAAGCCUCAUCUACUGCGUGGUCCUCUGCCGCGAAAACCCCUACCCUCAGUACCCCGAUGAUUUCUACUGGACCCACCACUGGUCCAAGACCAUAGGGCCUUCGGAGAUACACUACAACGCCAGUGAAAAGCCCUACAGGCAAAACGGACAUAGUGAUAGGUAUAAUAAGUAUAACGGGAAAUACUCCGACAGAGAAAGCGCGAAAGGUUACUCUGACAGGGAGAGUAAGUUAAGCAGGUACUGAACGUAGCUUUGACAUGUUGAGGUUAAUUUCUGAACGCAUCGUUCGAAUUUUAAAAUUUACGCGGGAAACUGGCGAAGUUCCUGCUUGUCAGUGGGCCAUUUUGUAUUAUUCUAAUGUGAAUAAUUUUGAUAAAUAUUAAUAUUUUAAAUCUUUCACUCGAAUACUUCUUUCGUAUUCUUAAAAUAGUACUAUUUUUAUGGCCCAUUUCAUGUGUAAACUUUUUUAAGAAGUUUUAUCGACGAGUUAAUUGGUGCAGGUUUUGAUACUUUCGUCUCUGCUAUUUUUAAGCACUUUUUUAUAACAUUUACAAUUUUAUAUUGUAAUAGUUAUUUGUAUUUAUCUCUUGGUCCAGAUAGUUGCAUGCUAUUUGGAAUUAGUCAAGUGAUUCUGAAAAGUGUAUGUAAAAAGUACAAUUGUCUUUUUUCUUGAUCUACGAUUAUGUCAGGCAAUUUCGCCUCCAUGAUCGAUAUAUAUUAAAAUUUAUUCGAUGUGUUAUUUUAUAAUUAAUGAUAACAUUAUGGUAAUUGUAAAUAAUAUUAUAUUAAUAAGGUAUUAAUUUAACAAUCUAAAGCAAAUGCCAUAUUACUUAUUAUAAUAAAAACUUACCUGUUAUAUUGAAUUUACGAAAAAUUAAUAAAAUACAAAAUGUUAUUUACCUAGUAAAAACUGUGGAUUCAUUAUUUUAUAUAGAAAUAUUUACAAAUUGAGAGUAAACCAAUAAUAUAUACUUUAAUACGCCUGUAUUUGAAUAUGUGAUUUGAAC